AUGUCGUCGAGCCCACCAACACCACCCCGGAAGGCGCCGUCGAACGAGACUGAAUGGCGAUUCAAACCAUUGUCAGCGCCGACCGAAUGGAUCGAGUCCUAUCGCCCUGGCGGACUUCACCCAAUCCAUCUGGGCGACACGCUGUGUGGUGGGCGAUUCAAAGUCGUUCGCAAACUGGGCUACGGUUCCUCCUCAACCGUCUGGCUUGCGCAGGAUACCCAUCACAACCAGCUUGGCCAGACAGGCACGCGCUCCGGCCGACGCGCCACAAGCUACGGCUCAGUCGUGGCGAUCAAGGUCAUGAUCGCGGACGCACCAGCGGAUUCGAAGGAGUCGGAGAUGUACAAGCUGAUCAGCGACACACCGGCUGACGACCAGGCCAAAGACCAUGUCCUGAGCCUCCUGGACCAAUGCGACCACGAAGGUCCCAACGGCACUCAUCGAUGCAUGGUAUUCGAGCCAAUGGGUCCUUCGGUCGGCAUGCUGAUGGAUAGCGAGGAUGGAGAAGGUGUACAGUUGGCACAAGCCAAGUCGAUCUUGAAGGAUACUCUGCUAGGGCUGCAUUGCCUGCACAGCUGCCGCAUCGCACACGGUGAUCUGAACCAAGGCAACUUGCUCACGACGCUCAGGCCAUCGCACGACCAGAAUCCACAGGCGCUCGGCCAAAAACCUACGCCCGACAACAUAUCGGAUCCGGUGACACGGAAGGACGGGAAGCCCGAUCGAUGGGCUCCCAGAUACCUCUGUCUGGAUCGUCCACUGACCGAGCUCGUCGAUGCAAAUGGCGCCUUCCGGACGAAGCUCACUGAUCUUGGUGCCGCAUUCUUCUUCGACGACCACCCAGCAGACCCCGCCACGCCCCUGGGGCUCCGAGCGCCGGAACAUAUCCUUCACGGCCCUGUAGACCACAGCAUCGACAUCUGGGCAUUCGGCUGCCUGGUAUACGAGAUCUUCACCGGAUUCCAGCUGUUCGCCAUUUCUGAUUUCGGCAGCACGGAGACCGAGAACAACGACUCGCACCUCCUGGAGAUGACGGACGUCCUCGGACCGCUUCCUCCCGCGCUCUACGAAAAGUGGGAUCGUCGCCAUAGGUAUUUCGGACCCGGUGGAGAAGCAAUUCGGACGGGUGUUGGGCCUGAUGAGCCCUCAAAGUACCCGAUGGCUUUUAUCGCGCCGCUUGAAGAGAGGUUUGGGGAGGCGAAGCCGGAGGAGAUGGGUAAGGAGGAGACGGCGCAGGUGCUUGCGCUGAUCAGGAGGAUUUUGCAAUAUGAUCCUGCGUUGCGGCCGUCGACUGCGGAGCUGCUGGAGGAUGAGUGGUUCAAGAACAUCGGGAGUGGUGAGGGAGAAGAGAGUGCUUCUUCUCGCAGUGAGAAUGACGCUGCUGCACUCGACUCCACAUCGGUGGACAGCGGAGUUGUCAGUUCAUGA